UCCCCCAUUCCUUCCAGGGAGCCCCGGAGCUCUGUUCCCCAGCCCUGUAGGAUCCCUCACUAAAUCACCUUUCCCAGGGUCCAGGAAUCUCUCAGUCUUGCCAGGGGCCCAGGGCUCUCCCCACAGUUCAUGGGGUCCUCCUCCAAUCUGGAGCCCGAGAGGUGAUGUGGGCAAAUGUCAGGGCGUAGCACAGGCCUGAAACAGGAGGGACUUGUGGUUGUCACCCGGGCUGCCAUUAACAGCUGUGAGACAUGAGGCACUGCAUCUGGGAAGACUCUUGGCCUAUGGAGUUGAGGACGCCAAUGUCUAUAUGUGCUCCACAUGUGGCUUCCUCUUGUCCUCCGCACAGUUAUGGACACGGGCAUGGACACUCCCCGUUCACUGAAGGAAAUGAGCACCGGGCCACACAGCAGCUUGUCCUUUCCUUGCCUGACCAUUUCCAUCUCGGCCCUGAUGGGAUUGAAGUCCUGUGGAAGCUUCUCAUUUUAACUGCCUCCUUGGGAACUUGUGUCUUUCUCAUUUACCUCUGGAGAACCAUCCUCGCUAUAAAGCCUCGACAAUAUGAAGUUACUUUAGAACAAAUCAAGAUGAAGAUCAAUGACCUUAAAAAAGAAAACAGUGUUCUUGAGGAAAACAUAGCGAGUUGUGAGGAGAAGGUCAGGGAAGCAAAGAAGCAAGGAGAAACAAAGAGAAAACAUAAGCUUUCCCUUGCUCAAGUACAUAAAUUGAAAGCCCAAGAUGAAUUGGGGGAUCAAGAGUUGAGAGCCUUCACAUCCAAGAACCAAGAACUGAAAGAAAGGAAAAAGUUCCUGGAAGACCAGUGUAAUUCCCUGAGUUAUCAGAAAACAGCUAAAGAAGCAGAAUUGAACCUGCUAAAGAAGAAAGUGGAUAUGGUGGUGGAGUUCUCUGAAAAACGAAAACUGACUGCCGAAGAGAAGCUAGAAGAGAUACUUUGUGAAUUUUACACAACCAAGAAUGAGCUGUUUGCUGCCGAUGAAAAGCUGAAAUUAACGGAAGAAGAAAUGGACAAGUACAGACAAGAAGUGGAAGAAAUGGAAGAUCAGCUGCUGGAGGCUGAGCUCACCUUCAGUCACAAGAUCGCAGUUCAGGAGAGAAAUGCUCUGGCUAACUGGAUGAAGGCUCGGUAUUGGGAAACAAGGAUGAUGCAGCAGAGCAGGGAGAACGCCUACCUGAAAUACAGACUGCGCAUGAUGGAAGGGGAGACGCUGCCUGUGGGAUCCAUGCGGCGCGGACCCAUGCCUGGAAGGCCCGAGUUGCAGGAGCCUGUGUGGCAAGGGUAAUCCUCUUGUAAUGUGAAGACUUCCUUGACCUCCUACAACCAGGCUCCAAGGAGUUUGUAUUUCGUAAACAUAUGAAUGUUUUCUGCCUGGUGGUCUGAAUGCUUUCCCUGCCCAUCCUGUCCCCUGUGCUUUGUCUCUCCUGGUAUCCCCCAAUAAACUGUUGAUGGUUCUG